AGUGAACAACGUGUUGCCCGCUCGAGCGUGCAUCAUCUUGCCGCAAUUACUGACCAAAUGAUGGUUCAUCGCAGCGGCCGAUACACGGCCAAUUGGAGAGGUUUCAAAGACUUGGCUUUUGGAAAUAAACCGCCUGAUGAAGAUAAAGAAGAUAUAAAACUACAAGAAGAUUUAACAAAUCAUGAAGUCAUAUUCUUAAAAAGUAUAGUAGAAAGUCCAGAUUUUGGCAGAAAAAAUGAGUGUACAGAUUCUGAGGAGGACUUGAUCAUAAAACCCGUCUCCCUUGGUAACGUAAACAUAAUAAAAUCAUUGAGCGAGUAUCGAGGUAACAACAUCCGCACUAUAGAGCAAGCCGAACUAGCUAUAUUAUUAUCACGACUACAUUUUAAGGCAUUAAUAGAGGCACAUGAUCAAAUAGGUAAAAUCUGGCUUGACAGAGGAUCUGGUACUGAUGAAAAGACAACAGUGAAGGAAGACAGUAAAAACACAGCAGAAGGUGACGACAAAAGUCCUGAGGAGAACGGAGAUAUGCCCGUAGAAACUGUAAAGGUUGUGGGACUUAGGAAAGAGCCAGGAAAGCCCUUAGGUUUAACUGUAACCACAGAUGAACAUGGUCAGCUGAUAGUUGCAAGGAUACUGGCGGGGAGUCCUGCAGCCAAACAGGCAUUAGUGUCAAUUGGUGAUGUCUUAUUAGAAGUAGAUGGAGUACAGAUUGACUCUGAGGAUCAGCUUAAAGAAGCAGUCGCUAAAGAUACAGACAGAGUUACAUUAAAAGUUGGGCCUAAUCUAAAAGAGAAGAGCAGUCAAUUGACAAAUAAACUUAGUUGUUAUAUGAGGACCCUUUUUGACUAUGACCCCAAAGAGGACACACUCAUCCCAUGCAAAGAGAUUGGCUUGGAAUUCAAAAGGGGUGAUAUAUUGCAAGUAUCAGAUAGAAAGGAUCCAAAUUGGUGGCAGGCAAGUCACGUAGAUAAUCCUGAAAAAGUUGGCCUCAUACCGUCACCCGAAUUAGAGGAAAGACGCAAGGCAUAUGUUCCACCGGAAGCUGAUUUCGUUCACAAAAUCAGCAUUUGUGGCGCGCGGAUAUCUAAAAAGAAAAAGAAAUUCGUCUAUGAAUCCCGAUCCAGUGUACAACUCGAGGGCGCCGAGCUCGCUCUUUAUGAGGAAGUGGCACGAACACCGCCGUUCUUACGACGAAUCCUCGCCUUUGUGGGGACUCGUGGCGUUGGUCGCCGCACGCUCAAGAAUCGUCUGAUACAGGAGCACCCUGACAGAUUCGGAGCUGUGGUACCGCAUACAUCACGACCUCCUCGUCCUAUGGAAGAGAAUGGACAAUCCUAUUGGUUCGUAUCGCGCGAGGAAAUGGAACGUGAUGCUCACGCUGGCCGUUUCCUCGAGUACGGCGAGCACAAUGAUCACCUUUAUGGAACCCAUCUCGAUUCGAUACGUGCCGUCAUUAAAGAAGGGAAAAUGUGUGUGCUGGACUGCGCUCCUCAAUCCCUGAAGCUGCUUCAUAACAGCAGCGAGUUCCUGCCGUACGUGGUGAUGUUGGCGGCGCCGGGCAUCGAACAGUUGCGCAACCUCACAUACGCGUCUAAUCGGAACCUCACCUUCGACCGGCAGAGCUCCAUUCGCUACAGUUCUCGGCGCGCCCGUACUCUGGAGUCACUCGCGUCGCUGUAUGAGGAGGAGGACAUGAAGCAAACAUUAGAAGACAGCGCCCGUAUACAGCGCCAAUAUGAAAAAUACAUCGAUCUAGUGAUCACGAAUAAUAACAUGGACACUACAUAUUCCAAAAUAAUGGAUGCGCUUCACUCACUAUCUACCGACCAUCAGUGGGUGCCUGUCAGCUGGAUUUAUUAACUUUUACAAUUAUUAAGAACGAUUCUUAAGAUUUGCUCCCUUGUUCAGAAAAACAAAAAUUUACAAAUUCCUUUAACUAUUACAAUGCUGCUACUAACUUUCAAAUGUAAAACUAUUUUGUCAUUUCUUUACGAGAUCUUUUUCUUAGGGAAUGGCAAAGUAGUAUCGCAAUAGCUAAAAUUAAUUUAAUACGAUUUUAUGAAUAAGGGCUUUAAUGUAUAAGGAGCAGUCGCUAGCUUUUAUAGAAAAUGUCUGAUGCCUCUAAUUCAUUAUUCUAAUCAAUACACUCUAUCAAUGUUUUAGGAGGCAAAGCGAUGCAUUUUUAGUUAAACUAGGGAGCUAAACCUCAUAAAACGCCCCAAACGCCACGUUACUAUGUUCGGCAGCUCCAUAGAAUAAGUAGAUAAGUAAGUAUUCACAGUCUUCCCGCACUAAAUUAGUAAAUUAAUAUUAGGAAUUACUAUAGUUUUUACUGUUCAGAGCUUUACAAAGACAAUGACUACGCAAUCCACAAUGCUACAAAUUAUAUUUGCCACUUCAAUUGCUCAAAUUGUGGCACUACAACAUAUACACGUAUUUUUAGGAUCAGGUGAUGUGUUAUGUAACUACUUUUACUAUGAUAAUGUUAUAACAUAAGUCUUACAAUAUUGUUCUUAAUGUGUGCUUACUAUCAUUGUAUCCUGUUUUUAAUUUACGGCCUUGACCGAUGAGUGUUAGUAUGUUCAUUGUUGUUGGAUAGGGUCAGGUUCAGGAUCAGGUUGCCCGUCUCCAAAGAAGGCGGGGUGUAGCAACUGAAUGCGUCGAAGUUCAUCAGAACAUAAGUUGUGUUGGAACAACCUGACGACUACCAACUGUAUAUCAGCAUAUUAGCAAUGUAAUAAUUGCAAUAGAUUGAUUUAUUUAACGUUGUUAUUAUACCAUAAAAUAUUAGUUAAAAUUAUAAUAACAAUUUUGUCUACAAAAUUCUUAUAGUCAAUAUAACGCAACUCAAAAAUAUAUUGUUUAGAAUUUAUUAUAAUAAGUUUAGUGCGGGUCAUUUUUAGGAUAUAUUAAGACAAUCUUUUAUUAUACAUAAAAUAUAAUAUUAUUAAGAUAAAUAUCAUGAUGCAUUUGAGCUAUAGGCCUAUCACUGAUUCUGAAUUGGUUCAAAGAAGAUGCAAAGUGCGGGUGGAAUCAUGCGAAUAUCAUAGACGGUGACGAGGAGAGAAAUUGUUUUAAACGUACAGCAACUACUAUUAAUAUAAUGGCUACUGAAAUUAAAAAGUUAAUGUCACUAUAUUUAAUAAAGUAUUCGUCGUAUUGAUGUUAGGUAGAGCAUGGCGAUAUAAAUGCUCUUGAAUCUUAUUCUUUUAAAACUUAUUUAACUUAUACAAAUCUAUAUGCUAAUAUUCGCCUAUUUAUAUUUUUUUAACUGUGAUAAAAUACUGCUUUAGCAAAUGUCUUAUAUUUACAUUUAUCUCCGUAUAUUUUAGUACUCAUUAGUGUAUUCUUACUUUUACUACUUAUUAUUUUGUUAUAUAAUCUAUUGUAUUAUAAUUAACGUGACGAAAACGCAUUUUAAUAUCAAUCAACUUAUCAGAUCUACGAUACUGGUAAAAUUGCACCAGUAUAAUUAGGUGCGGAUAUGCCUUCCAGCAUCUCGGUAAUGCCGCCUGCCCAACUUGAAAUAUCACAAACUAUAUUAAAAUACUUCUUUCAUUUGAUAUUUUAUAAUUAACAUUAAUACUACUAUUACAGUAGCCAUUAUCUUACAGAGUGAUCUUCUGACUGUAGGUACUGAAAAAUGUUAUAAAAAAUCGGAAUUACUAUUCCGAUAUAUCUUGCUUGUUAAGGUCAUAUAAUAGUAUGAUUUUACUUCUUUAUGUAUUUUAAUUUAUACAUAGAACGACAAUGAAAUCUUCUGACUGUAGUCACAUAGUUUAUUUAUAAUAUUAAAGCUUAGAGCAUUAUUUACAAUACGAGACCGCCUUUAGGUAGGUAAUUCUUUGUUCAAGUACUGAGUUUAUAUUAUGGAAUAUAAUUUAUUGACGUUUAAAGACAAAAAAUACAUAUGUAAAAAAUAAGUAAAGCAUAAUGCAAACAAUAAAUUACGCCAUAAAAGCAAUAUACACAAAUAUGUAAUAUUCUUAAAUCUAUUAGCUAUUCUUAAAUCCACUACAUAUAAGAAUAACUAUUCUUAUAAUUUGUAUAGCAUCACAAGCUAAUAUACGACUUGGUGACAUGUAACAGGUUAUUUUAUAAUUAUCCCAUAUUUAUUCUUAGUUUUUUGUAGAUGUUUUUUAAUGAUAAUUUGCCGUUAUAUAUAUUUAUUGUGUAUGCGACCUAAUAGUAAUAAUUUGUUAUAUAGGUGCUUGAGAAUGUACAGAUUUCUUGCUAAUGUUUGUAUUGUGUACAUCAUUCCUUUCUAGAAAUUACGAUCUAAACUUUCCUAUUAUGGUUAUAAUGUUCUAAGUCUUAAACAUGCUACAGACUUAAUGUCAUAUGCUUCUGAAGUCUUUUCAUAAUUUAUCAUCUCGUAACCCACCUAAUAAAUCAUUAUAUAGGCUUUGUACGAAUUUGUAGAACUAGAGUGUGUAAAAGAAGAAUGGUAUUAAAAUAUAGGUAUUAUGUAAUAAAGACGAUUUUAUUCUUGUAUUUCUCAAUGAAGUAGUUUAUAAUAAGUGGUCACCAACAUGACACGUUCUACGUGAGUUCACAAAAUUAUAGAAAUAUGUUCGUGAACGAAAACGUUCGUUAUUCUGCAGAGUUAUUAGUUUUUCAUGUUUUUUAUUUUAAUUUUUACCAAUCGGAUGUAAGUACAUAUUAAUUUUAAGGUGGAUCGUAAGGAUUUUCUUUCAAAUUAUAAGUACUAUUCAUAUUUGCUGCAUACAGAAUCAAUGCUUUAUGAGCCUUCUUGGUGCCUGUAUCAAAUUGCAGAAUUAUGAGAAAGCAAUAGAAUUAACAAGGUUUAGAAAAUGCAAUUCUGACUCGUUUGUAAUAAUAAGUUAUUUAAAUAAAAAUGCUAUCUGUAGUAAAUUAGACAUGUAAUAAUUAUGUUACCUACUUUGCACGUACACAUCUCAAAUAAGUAUAUAUAUACAUAUAUAUAUAUAUAUAUACUUUUACAAUUGUUGCAUUACAUCACAUAAAUAUAAUCACAUUAAGAGUAAGAACGCUGUAUAACUUUAUUAAAUAAGAUUUGAACACUCUUGUGUUUUUUAAAUAAUUUAAAUAAUAAUGCAAUUUAUGUAUAUACAAUAUUGUAUUCAGGAACUUGCUUGUUAGAUUUGUUAAUUUAAUCAUAUAGUUGUAAACAUCAUUGAAUCUCACAUUCCGUCCAUAUUAUUUUGUUAUUUAGCUAUAAAUUUUAUUGUGUCGAAAUUAUUCAAUAUAUUAUACAUUAUGUA